GUCGGAAUGGUAUUGGAAGGUUAUAGCUUUGAAGACCGCAUUUGUUCUUACAUGCAUUGUAAGUUCAUAUCGAGCCGAAGAAACUGUUCAUGAAUUACCGUUUUGUAACCCUCACAAUGUAAAUACAGACAAAAAUGAAUGGCAAGCUGACAGCAUUCUCAACAGCGGACGGUACCAAGGCUUGGGAAAUUGAGACUCAACCCCUUCUGUCCUCUAAUCUACAUCAUGUUGAACUCACAGCAGGAGGCAAGUGGGUGCGCCUGGUCCCAUCUCUCCGAGGAACCCUUUACAGCCUCAGCGGAGACAACAUUGAGCCCUUACCUUUUGAUGCAGACCAGCUUUUGUCAUCCUCUUUCAAGUACUCUGAAGACUUAGUCAUAGCUGGUGCAAAAGAAACCCUCUGGCAAGGCAUAGACACAACAACGGGCAGCGUGCUCUAUGAAUGUGGUUCCUCAGGCUGCAGCAGCGAACAGCAAGCAACUGCCGCCGGAAGACAUGUCUUAGUUCUUCGAAGGCACGCGAAUACAGUGAGAGCGCUCGACCCACGCUCAGGCCAAGAGAAAUGGAACUUCAGCGUAGCAGAACAUCAGCUAGCAUUAUCCGCCAGUCCGGACUGCUUAGGUCCGGCGAGCGCCGGUGCCGGUCCGGUGACCGUACACGUCGCUAUGCCGGAGGGUACGGUCGGCGUGGCUCGGCCCGGAGAGACAGAGUAUCUAUGGCAACAGCAGCUAGAAGCGCCAGUGGCAGGCAUGUGGCGCCUCCAAGCGGGCACACUGAAAACUAUCGAUGUAUUGUGGGAAUGUACCAGAGCCCUCACGGAUGAUAACGCCCUACCACCACAGCUAUAUAUUGGUGUACACCGAACACAGCUCUACAUCCAAGAGAGCCACCUCUACGCCCAAAAGCUAGAUAGUUCUAUAUCAGCAUCACCCAUACCUUGGAAACUGAAGCAGUCUAGGCCUUUACUAAAUGGCGGUGACACCGCCCUUACAGUGACAGACCCACCGGCCAACUCACUAGUCACGUUAUACACAGCUCCGGUCAAUUCGAACCACGGUUUCUUCCUCUACCUCCAAGACACCUGCGACCAGGCGGUGCAAGUGUCAGAAGAGUACAGCGAGCCGCCGCCCGUCGCUAACGAGCACCAUCACAUACACGUCCAUGUUUCCUCGCUCUGGUUCUGGUGGAAGGAGGUGCUGCUGAUCGCCGUGAGCUCGGCGCUGCUGAUGAACCUCAAUUGGCCGAGGUUCUUCGCGCCCAAGUUCAGACCUCACACGCCCAUGCCCGUAGACCAAGAGGUGGUAAUAGUCGAGCGGCACUACGACCGGCCGCCGUCAACCGGCGCUGAAUACUGCGGUCGCUACGAGAAUGACUUCACGCCGCUCCGCUGUUUAGGACAAGGCGGCUUUGGAGUGGUUUUUGAGGCGAGGAACAACAUCGACCACUGUUCGUACGCUGUCAAGAGGAUCACUCUACCCAGGAGGGAGUCUAAGCGCGAGCGAGUGUUACGCGAAGUUCGUGCGCUAGCAAAGCUUGAACAUGAGAAUAUCGUCCGGUAUUUCAACUCGUGGGUCGAGGAGCCGCCACCCAACUGGCAAGAGCAACGGGACGCUGUCUGGAAACGUGAACUCAACGUGUCCGUGGAACUAUCGGAGGAUUACACGGUAGAAUCACCCACACCAGUCAAGAGACGCGAAGACAGCGUCAAGCUCAACCUUAACAAGUUAUGUGACGACUGCGGGGUGUCCCCGGUCUUUGACAGGCAGCUCUCUGAGAAGAGGAACAGGUCACUAAGCUGCACCGAUUCCUUCAGCAUAGUAUUCGACGAGCAACCAGGCCAGCCUCCCCACACCCCUCCCAAGUCCAUCGACGAUUCCUUCAUAGUGUUCGCCAACGAAGACGAAGUCAGCAAAGCGUCUGAGGCAAGGAAGGAUAGCUCGUUGGACAAGAGGCUGGAGCGAGUGAAAGAGUGCGAUAGCUAUGUGAAGAGUACGAGUAGUGCCGGGAAGAAGAAGAAGAAGGGCCACACGCGUCACUGGUCUCUCGACAUGGUGGUCCGAGAGAGCGAAACUCCAAUGGCGUCGAAAAUGUACCUCUACAUACAAAUGCAGCUGUGCAGAAGAGACAGUCUACACGACUGGCUGAGGCAGAACAGGACGAGAGAGUCUAGAGCGGAUAAAGUAAAAACCCUCUUCAGUCAAAUAGUCUCAGCUGUGGAAUACGUGCAUCUAGCAGGUCUCAUCCAUCGUGACCUCAAGCCUAGUAACAUAUUGUUCGCGCCCGACGGCCGCGUCAAAGUGGGGGACUUCGGACUGGUCACCACUAUGGGGGAUAGUUCGUCUGAUGGCUCAGCACCGGAGGAGAUGGAUGCAUAUGCUAGACAUACUUAUAAAGUUGGCACCCAUCUAUACAUGUCACCUGAACAACUAGCAGGGCGGCCAUACAGCUACAAAGUGGACAUCUACUCUCUCGGAGUGAUCCUAUUCGAGUUGCUACACCCAUUCGAUACAGAAUCAGAACGUGUGGCCAAACUAACUGCUUUGAGGGCAGAGCGAUAUCCGGCUGACUUCACCGCUGACUGUCCAAGCGAGGUGGAGGUGCUAAAGCUGAUGCUAAGCGAGGACCCGUCCCGGCGGCCCACGGCCAGCGGCGUGCGCGCGCGCGCCCCCCUGUACCAGCGCAGCGACGACGCCUUCCACUUCACCCUGCCCCCUUCCCCUGUUGUCGCGUGAGACUUUUCCAACUGUAUGCAGCGUUUUUUAAACUGUGGGGCGCGCCCCCCAGGGGUGCGCAGCAACAUUAUAAAGGGAGCGCGUGUUUCAUUUUUGACCGCGGUGAAGCGUGCCUAAAUAGUUUUUUCCCCUCACUAGCUCGGAAACACGUGUUUUCUCCUUUAAUACCAGCGGGUAAAAACGCAUUUUAUCCACUAGUGGGUAAAGUAAUUUGACCUUG